GGAGAUUAUUCAUAGCUGACACAAACAACAGCUUAGUUCGAUAUCUAGAUUUAAACGCUGAUGAAACUGAACUACGUACCUUGGAGCUUAAAGGAAUUCAGCCUCCUAAACCAAAACCAAGAUCUUUUAAACGUCUUAGACGACGAGCAUCAGCCGAUACAGAAGCACGCAGUAGAUUCAACGUGGAUAUUGAACCUGAAGAUGCUGUGAAUAUUGAACCCCUCGAUGGAUUCCUUAAUCCAGAAGGAUCCGCAACUCUUCACUUUAAGAGAACCUCUAAUUCUGCUUCAAUGGGAAGAAUUAAUUGCAAGUCUUUGCUGUUUGAGGUUCCCUUCCGAGAGGGAGUUUCUAGCCUUUCCAAAGCAGACUUCACUCUUGCACAUUUUGUCAAACCCAAAACUUCAACUGGCAACUUACUGCAGACAGUUGCCCCGUGA